AUGUUGGACACGAGAAUGUUUGACUCGAGAAUGUUGGAAUCGAGAAUGUUGGACUCGAAAAUGUUGGACACGAGAAUGUUGGACACGAGAAUGUUGGACACGAGAAAAUUGGACACGAGAAUAUUGGACACUCGAGAAUGUUGGACACUCGAGAAUAUUGGACUCGAGAAUGUUGGACUCGAUAAUGUUGGACUCAAUCAUGUUGGACUCGAUAAUAUUGGAGACGAGAAUGUUGGACAUGAGAAUGUUGGACUUGAGACUGUUGGACACGAGAAUAAUGCUGGACACGAUAAUGUUGGACACGAUAAUGUUGGACUCGAUAAUGUUGGACUCGACAAUGUUGGACUCGAGAAUGUUGGACUCGAGAAUGUUGGACUCGAGAAUGUUGGACUCGAGAAUGUUGGACACGAGAAUGUUGGACACGAGAAUGUUGGACACGAGAGAAUGUUGGACACUCAAGAAUGUUGGACUCGAAAAUGUUGGACACGAGAAUGUUGGACACUCAAGAAUGUUGGACUUGAGAAUGUUGGACUCGAGAAUGUUGGACACGAUAAUGUUGGACUCGAGAAUGUUGAACACGAGAUUGUUGGACACGAGAAUAUUGGACACGAGAAUAUUGAACACGAGAAUGUUGGACACGAGAAUGUUGGACUUGAGAAUGUUGGACUCGAGAAUGUUGGACUCGAGAAUAAUGAAAUCGAGAAUGUUGGACUCGAAAAUGUUGGACACUCGAGAAUGUUGGACACGAGAAUUUUGGACACGAGAAUGUUGGACUCGAGAAUGUUGGACACGAGAAUGUUGGACACGAGAAUGUUGGACACUCAAGAAUGUUGGACACUCAAGAAUGUUGGACUCGAAAAUGUUGGACUUGAGAAUAUUGGACUCGAGAAUGUUGGACACGAGAAUAAUAUUGGACUCGAGAAUGUUGGACUCGAUAAUGUUGGACUCGAUCAUGUUGGACUCGAUAAUAUUGGAGACGAGAAUGUUGGACAUGAGAAUGUUGGACUUGAGACUGUUGGACACGAGAAUAAUGCUGGACACGAUAAUGUUGGACACGAUAAUGUUGGACUCGAUAAUGUUGGACUCGACAAUGUUGGACUCGAGAAUGUUGGACUCGAGAAUGUUGGACUCGAGAAUGUUGGACUCGAGAAUGUUGGACACGAGAAUGUUGGACACGAGAAUGUUGGACACGAGAGAAUGUUGGACACUCAAGAAUGUUGGACUCGAGAAUGUUGGACACGAGAAUGUUGGACACUCAAGAAUGUUGGACUUGAGAAUGUUGGACUCGAGAAUGUUGGACACGAUAAUGUUGGACUCGAGAAUGUUGAACACGAGAUUGUUGGACACGAGAAUAUUGGACACGAGAAUAUUGAACACGAGAAUGUUGGACACGAGAAUGUUGGACUUGAGAAUGUUGGACUCGAGAAUGUUGGACUCGAGAAUAAUGAAAUCGAGAAUGUUGGACUCGAAAAUGUUGGACACUCGAGAAUGUUGGACACGAGAAUUUUGGACACGAGAAUGUUGGACUCGAGAAUGUUGGACACGAGAAUGUUGGACACGAGAAUGUUGGACACUCAAGAAUGUUGGACACUCAAGAAUGUUGGACUCGAGAAUGUUGGACUUGAGAAUAUUGGACUCGAGAAUGUUGGACACGAGAAUGUUGGACACGAGAAUGUUGGACACGAGAAUAUUGUUGGACACGAGAAUAUUGGACACGAGAAUAUUGGACACGAGAAUGUUGGACACGAGAAUGUUGGACUCGAGAAUGUAGGACUCGAGAAUGUUGGACUCGAGAAUGUUGAACUCGAGAAUGUUGGACUCGAAAAUGUUGGACACUCGAGAAUGUUGGACACGAGAAUUUUGGACACGAGAAUGUUGGACUCGAGAAUGUUGGACACGAGAAUGUUGGACACGAGAAUGUUGGACACGAGAGAAUGUUGGACUCGAGAAUGUUGGACUCGAGAAUGUUGGACACUCAAGAAUGUUGGACUCGAGAAUGUUGGACUUGAGAAUAUUGGACGCGAGAAUGUUGGACACGAGAAUGUUGGACACAAGAAUGUUGGACACGAGAAUAAUGUUGGACACGAGAAUGUUGGACUCGAGAAUGUUGGACACGAGAAUGUUGGACACGAGAAUGUUGGACUCGAAAAUGUUGGACACACGAGAAUGUUCGACACGAUAAUGUUGGACUUGAGAAUGUUGGACUGGAGAAUGUUGGACUCGAGAAUGUUGGACUCGAGAAUGUUGGACUCGAGAAUGUUGGACACUCGAGAAUGUUGGACACUCGAAAAUAUUCGACACGAGAAUGUUGAACAUGAGAAUGUUGGACACGAGAAUGUUUGUCUCGAGAAUAAUGUUGGACACGAGAAUGUUGGACUCGAGAAUGUUGGACACGAGAAUGUUGGACACGAGAAUGCUGGACUCGAAAAUGUUGGACACGAGAAUGUUGGACACACGAGAAUGUUCGACACGAUAAUGUUGGACUUGAGAAUAUUGAACUGGAGAAUGUUGGACUCGAGAAUGUUGGACUCGAGAAUGUUGGACUCGAGAAUAAUGUUGGAAUCGAGAAUGUUGGACUUGAAAAUGUUGGACACGAGAAUGUUGGACACGAGAAUGUUGGACACGAGAAUACUGGACACGAGAAUAUUGGACACUCGAGAAUGUUGGACACUCGAGAAUAUUGGACUCGAGAAUGUUGGACUCGAGAAUGUUGGACUCGAUAAUGUUGGACUCGAUAAUAUUGGACACGAGAAUGUUGAACACGAGAAUGUUGAACUUGAGAAUGUUGGACACGAGAAUAAUGUUGGACACGAUAAUGUUGGACACGAUAAUGUUGGACUCGAUAAUGUUGGACUCGAGAAUGUUGGACUCGAGAAUGUUGGACUCGAGAAUGUUGGACUUGAGAAUGUUGGACUCGAGAAUGUUGGACACGAGAAUGUUGGACACGAGAAUGUCGGACACGAGAGAAUGUUGGACACUCAUGAAUGUUGGACUCGAGAAUGUUGGACACGAGAAUGUUGGACACUCAAGAAUGUUGGACUUGAGAAUGUUGGACUCGAGAAUGUUGGACACGAUAAUGUUGGACUCGAGAAUGUUGGACACGAGAUUGUUGGACACGAGAAUAUUGGACACGAGAAUAUAGAACAGGAGAAUGUUGGACACGAGAAUGUUGGACUCGAGAAUGUUGGACUCGAGAAUGUUGGACUCGAGAAUGUUGGACACGAGAAUGUUGGACACGAGAAUGUUGGACACGAGAGAAUGUUGGACACUCAAGAAUGUUGGACUCAAGAAUGUUGGACACGAGAAUGUUGGACACUCAAGAAUGUUGGACUUGAGAAUGUUGGACUCGAGAAUGUUGGACACGAUAAUGUUGGACUCGAGAAUGUUGGACACGAGAUUGUUGGACACGAGAAUAUUGGACACGAGAAUAUAGAACAGGAGAAUGUUGGACACGAGAAUGUUGGACUCGAGAAUGUUGGACUCGAGAAUGUUGGACUCGAGAAUGUUGGACACGAGAAUGUUGGACCUGAGAAUGUUGGACACGAGAGAAUGUUGGACACUCAAGAAUGUUGGACUCAAGAAUGUUGGACACGAGAAUGUUGGACACUCAAGAAUGUUGGACUUGAGAAUGUUGGACUUGAGAAUGUUGGACACGAUAGUGUUGGACUCGAGAAUGUUGGACACGAGAUUGUUGGACACGAGAAUAUUGGACACGAGAAUAUUGGACACGAGAAUGUUGGACACGAGAAUGUUGGACUCGAGAAUGUUGGACUCGAGAAUGUUGGACUCGAGAAUGUUGAACUCGAGAAUGUUGGACUCGAAAAUGUUGGACACUCGAGAAUGUUGGACACGAGAAUUUUGGACACGAGAAUGUUGGACUCGAGAAUGUUGGACACGAGAAUGUUGGACACGAGAAUGUUGGACACGAGAGAAUGUUGGACUCGAGAAUGUUGGACUCGAGAAUGUUGGACACUCAAGAAUGUUGGACUCGAGAAUGUUGGACUUGAGAAUAUUGGACGCGAGAAUGUUGGACACGAGAAUGUUGGACACAAGAAUGUUGGACACGAGAAUAAUGUUGGACACGAGAAUGUUGGACUCGAGAAUGUUGGACACGAGAAUGUUGGACACGAGAAUGUUGGACUCGAAAAUGUUGGACACACGAGAAUGUUCGACACGAUAAUGUUGGACUUGAGAAUGUUGGACUGGAGAAUGUUGGACUCGAGAAUGUUGGACUCGAGAAUGUUGGACUCGAGAAUGUUGGACACUCGAGAAUGUUGGACACUCGAAAAUAUUCGACACGAGAAUGUUGAACAUGAGAAUGUUGGACACGAGAAUGUUUGUCUCGAGAAUAAUGUUGGACACGAGAAUGUUGGACUCGAGAAUGUUGGACACGAGAAUGUUGGACACGAGAAUGCUGGACUCGAAAAUGUUGGACACGAGAAUGUUGGACACACGAGAAUGUUCGACACGAUAAUGUUGGACUUGAGAAUGUUGAACUGGAGAAUGUUGGACUCGAGAAUGUUGGACUCAAGAAUGUUGGACUCGAGAAUAAUGUUGGAAUCGAGAAUGUUGGACUUGAAAAUGUUGGACACGAGAAUGUUGGACAAGAGAAUGUUGGACACGAGAAUACUGGACACGAGAAUAUUGGACACUCGAGAAUGUUGGACACUCGAGAAUAUUGGACUCGAGAAUGUUGGACUCGAGAAUGUUGGACUCGAUAAUGUUGGACUCGAUAAUAUUGGACACGAGAAUGUUGAACACGAGAAUGUUGAACUUGAGAAUGUUGGACACGAGAAUGUUGGACUCGAAAAUGUUGGACUCGAAAAUGUUGGACACGAGAAUGUUGGACUCUCGAGAAUGUUGGACACGAUAAUGUUGGACACGAUAAUGUUGGACUCAAUAAUGUUGGACUCGAGAAUGUUGGACUCGAGAAUGUUGGACUCGAGAAUGUUGGACUUGAGAAUGUUGGACUCGAGAAUGUUGGACACGAGAAUGUUGGACACGAGAAUGUCGGACACGAGAGAAUGUUGGACACUCAUGAAUGUUGGACUCGAGAAUGUUGGACACGAGAAUCGCCACAACUUCCUGACAGAAGGCCUUGUGGGCAUCCUGCGGCAGCUGGCGGUGCUGAGGAACGUGCGCCACAACUUUCUCACAGAAGGCCCGGUGGGCAUACUGCGGCAGCUAGCUGUCCUACGAGACGUGGUGGCGCUGGUGGACCCUGAGCUGGCCUCGCACCUGGAGGAGCUGGGCGCCGACAACUUCAUGUUCGCCUUUCGCAUGCUGCUCGUGCUCUUUAGGAGAGAUCUUCCCUUGUUGGAUGUCAUCGUUAUGUGGGAGGUGGGUGCAAGGGAAGGUGGAGGGGGGUUGGAUAGAAGGAGAGAACUUCCCUUGUUGGAUGUCAUCGUUAUGUGGGAGGUGGGUGCAAGGGAAGGUGGAGGGGGGUUGGAUAGAAGGAGAGAACUUCCCUUGUUGGAUGUCAUCGUUAUGUGGGAGGUGGGUGCAAGGGAAGGUGGAGGGGGGUUGGAUAGAAGGAGAGAACUUCCCUUGUUGGAUGUCAUCGUUAUGUGGGAGGUGGGUGCAAGGGAAGGUGGAGGGGGGUUGGAUAGAAGGAGAGAACUUCCCUUGUUGGAUGUCAUCGUUAUGUGGGAGGUGGGUGCAAGGGAAGGUGGAGGGGGGUUGGAUAGAAGGUGGGUUACAGGGGAGGCGAGUAGUGUCUCUCUCGCGCCUACAACUUCAUGUUCGCCUUUCGCAUGCUGCUCGUGCUCUUUAGGAGAGAACUUCCCUUGUUGGAUGUCAUCGUUAUGUGGGAGGUGGGUGCAAGGGAAGGUGGAGGGGGGUUGGAUAGAAGAUGAUGUGGGCAGCGGACUACGAUCCGCGCAUGGCAGCAGUGCUGCUGCACCAUCCCCCGAAGGCCUCUGCCUGGCAGCCGAAUCAGUUAUGAUGUGGGCGGCAGACUACGAUCCGCGCAUGGCAGCAGUGCUGCUGCACCACCCCCCCGAAGGCCUCUCCCUGGCAGCGGAACCCCUCGCCUGGUCCGCCGGCCUGCCCCCUCUCCAACCCCCCUCCACCGCCCCCAACUCCUCCCCCAAACACCCUGCACACUCCGCACAUUCCUCCCUCCCCCCGACCCAUCCCGACCCCUCCCCCUUCCCCGCCAUGCCCCCCAUCCCCCCGUCCCUCCCCCCGGUGCUUGCCCUGGGGCUGGGGAAGAGGUCUGGGCGCAAGGGGGGGAGCAUGGGGGGGGGCAUGGGGGGAGUGGGGGGAGCGGAGGGGGCAGGGGGAAGGGGGAUGUCGCGGUGGGGGGAGGCGAGGGUGGGGGAUGAGGACCUAGCAGUGUUCUGUGUGGCGGCCAUUUUGAGAGCCAACAGGAAGAGGCUGUUGCAGGUGGAGGGCUCAGACGAAGCCAUCAAGUCACCUCUCUGCUCGCCCUCAUGCACGUCCCUCUCUGCUCGCCCUCAUGCACGUCCCUCUCUGCUCGCCCUCAUGCACGUCCCUCUCUGCUCGCCCUCAUGCACGUCCCUCUCUGCUCGCCCUCAUGCACGUCCCUCUCUGCUCGCCCUCAUGCACGUCCCUCUCUGCUCGCCCUCAUGCACGUCCCUCUCUGCUCGCCCUCAUGCACGUCCCUCUCUGCUCGCCCUCAUGCACGUCCCUCUCUGCUCGCCCUCAUGCACGUCCCUCUCUGCUCGCCCUCAUGCACGUCCCUCUCUGCUCGCCCUCAUGCACGUCCCUCUCUACAACCCAAACUCCCGCCGCUCCCACUAUGCUGCACCAUCAACAAUGCUCCACUGUCUGCCGUUGCUCUUCUCAGAUGUUCACGAUGUGGAGCUGGUGCUGGAUUUGGCGUCGUGCCACACUGCACUCUCCGCGUAUCAAUGCUUCUGGGCGUUUUCCUCCUCUCUACUCCCCCCUGCUCCACCCUCGUCUUCUCCCCAUCCCCCCACAACCCCCACUCCCCUUCCCUCCAUAAAUGUUCACGAUGUGGAGCUGGUGUUGGAUGUGGCAUCGUAUGUUCAACGAUGUGGAGCUGGUGUUGGAUGUGGCAUCGUGUGUGCACCCACACUCCACUCUCCCCUCACCACUCCAUUUGGGUGUUUCCCUCUCUCCUACCCCACCUUUCCCCACAUCAUACCCCCUCUCUGCCAGAUGUUCAACGAUGUGGAGCUGGUGUUGGAUGUGGCAUCGUGUGUGCACCCACACUCCACUCUCCCCUCACCACUCCAUUUGGGUGUUUCCCUCUCUCCUACCCCACCUUUCCCCACAUCAUACCCCUCUCUGCCAGAUGUUCAACGAUGUGGAGCUGGUGUUGGAUGUGGCAUCGUGUGUGCACCCACACUCCACUCUCCCCUCACCACUCCAUUUGGGUGUUUCCCUCUCUCCUACCCCACCUUUCCCCACAUCAUACCCCCUCUCUGCCAGAUGUUCAACGAUGUGGAGCUGGUGUUGGAUGUGGCAUCGUGUGUGCACCCACACUCCACUCUCCCCUCACCACUCCAUUUGGGUGUUUCCCUCUCUCCUACCCCACCUUUCCCCACAUCAUACCCCCUCUCUGCCAGAUGUUCAACGAUGUGGAGCUGGUGUUGGAUGUGGCAUCGUGUGUGCACCCACACUCCACUCUCCCCUCACCACUCCAUUUGGGUGUUUCCCUCUCUCCUACCCCACCUUUCCCCACAUCAUACCCCCUCUCUGCCAGAUGUUCAACGAUGUGGAGCUGGUGUUGGAUGUGGCAUCGUGUGUGCACCCACACUCCACUCUCCCCUCACCACUCCAUUUGGGUGUUUCCCUCUCUCCUACCCCACCUUUCCCCACAUCAUACCCCCUCUCUGCCAGAUGUUCAACGAUGUGGAGUUGGUGUUGGAUGUGGCAUCGUGUGUGCACCUCGCCAUCAAGAUCCGAGCCAAGUACUGCAAGAAGUCUAAUCGAGCCACUCGUGUGUUGCGGUAG